AUGCAGGAAUUGUGUAGACUAACGGGCGAUCUAGACACAAAAAUCGACGAGAAGGUUGAAGAAAUCAGUCAGCGACUCGCAAGAUACGCUAGAAGGAAGAAGCUAAUAGGCUCGAUUGCUUCAAACCUCAGCGAACAAUCCUCCGGGAUCGUCAGCGAUAACAAGAGCUAUCUGUCUUAUUCCCGAACCUCGCUUGCAUCCACUUCACCUUCCAUCGCAAAAGAGAGCAGAGAAAGACGAAAGAUCCGUAACUGUCGCUCCCAGUGUCAUCCACAAGAACCGCUAUGCAACUCGAAAUUGACCCAAGGCACUAUAAUUACCCUUGUGGUGAUUAUGGCUGCUUGCCUUAUCGCUAUGUCUGCUCUGUACGUUCUUGAUUGGCACAAUCGCAAUUAUGGCUACCAGCAUCUCUAUCCGCCAAACGCUACGCCAUCGACGAAAGCUGGAGGCUCUACAGAAGGUGUUGGACAUAUGAUAUACCAUAUGGACCAUCCAUAUCUGCCUAUGCUGCAACCGGAUGCGCCAACGUUAAUGCCUACAUGUCCUUCGACACAUUGUCACACGUAUUGUUGUGCGGACCGCGCCGUGUAUCGUUCUGGGAGUAAAGUGAACGAGAUGGACGCAAUUGUCGCUCUGGGUGAGCGCACGAAUAUGAUUGCCCGAAGUGCUCCGAAUGUUUCCCCCAGGAAACCGCUUGGCACAGGCGUUCGCAUCUUGAUUCCCACAUUGAAUAUAACUAUUGACAAUCGUUACUGUAUUGAACAAAGCUGUAAUAAGAAACGCGGACGGUUCAAUAUGUACAUCCCUGUAUCACCUUACCUUCCAACGCUUCCUUUAGAGAUUACAUUCUCAGUCCCAAAAGGAAAGCUUAUCAACAACUGUGGCUACUUGGCAGACUUCCAGCACAAGUACUGCCCUCUGCAGAGCGGAAACUUCAAAGCAGAGCGUCUACAGUACCCUGUAGCCAAUCAAGUGGCGGAUGACACUUUCGAGUUGUCGGUUGGCAACUAUCUGCAAUCUGCAUAUCGCUUCCGUGUUGGGUUUACAACGGAAUCAUGCUUCUCCAGCGAAGAUCAUCUCCGUGGAGGUUUUGAAGAGUACAAUCUCAUUUUUUACCGUACCUGCGCGCCACCAGCCGGAACCAUUGAUGCACCUUCAUUGUAA